AUGGGAGAAGACAACCAAUCGAAACCAGAACGAACCCUACGCCCCAUAAUGUUCGUCUCCUGGCUCCUGGGCGUGGGCGUCGCAAGGCCCAAAAAGUGUCCUAAAGCGUUCACUAUGAUCCUCCACGCACUCCAUUUCGGCGUGUGCACGGUGAGCGUUGCAUUCGCCGCGAUAGACUUCGCAGACUUCCACGAGGUGUUCUCGAGCGAUCUAUUCGAGAUCAUGUACUGCGUGAACGAGGUAAUCCGCCACGUUUCGGCGUAUUACUAUGUCUGCCACGUGAUACAGCACUACGACAAGUGGCCUGCAUUGAUGAAGAUGAUGGAAUCGUUGGAUCAACACAUCGGUACAGAGGUACCGGUCAAUGAAAAAGCCGUCAAGAUCAAGCAGAUCCUGGCUGUUCUGACAGUCUGUUUGCUAGGUCCUGUAUCGCUGACAGCGCACGUUGUCUACUACUACUUCACAGCACCCGAUCAGAUAUACGCGUCCGAUUUGCUCCUUUAUUACACGAUUGCGCAGACUUUGGCGAACAGUUUCGUGUUCGAUAUCAUCGUAUACAUGAUCUGCCAGCGAUUCAGGUCGAUCAACGCGACGAUCGAGCGAAUGGAUGAGAAAUUAGGCGCUCCUUGGACUGCCUCGAAGAUUCGGAGGAUCAGAAAACUCCACUCUGAAGCAUGCUCCGUGGUAGCGACGGUUAACGAAAUCUACGGUAUAGAUCUCCUGUUGUGUUCGACGAACGCGUUCGUAACGGUAGUCGCGAAGCUCUUCAGGAUCUACAUGAGCGCGAAGGAACAGCAAAGUGGGUUCAUUUUCUUGAACAAUGUCAUCUGGUUGAUCUACGGUCUCCAAUUCGUUGUGAUGUGUUGGGUGUGCACGUUGACACAUCGAGAAAUAAAUAAAAUUGGCCUCUGCAUAGAGGAGUUCGCGUUGAAUACACAACACUCGUCCAAGUUUAAUAGAUUGGCACCCUUCAGGAGCUUUCGACAAAAGGAACCGACAUGGUUGCAGGUGUACGAUGAUCGAUCCGACCUGUAUCGAUACGCGGUGAAUCUAAACGGUUUUGGAAUGGAGAGCCUUCCGAGAACGGACUUCGAUCGCGACUGCGUUCGAAGCGAGACCAACGACUUUAUUUUACAGUUGCAAGUAUGUCGCGUUAAAUUCACCGCCUGCGAUUUUUUCGAAAUGGACAAUUCCUUACUGACGAGGUUUAUCAGCGUUAUCACCACGUACCUGAUCAUUCUUGUACAGUUCUACGAAACCAAGGAGCACAAAAAUCGUUGAAGUCUCAGUGUUAAAUUAUUGGCGAGUAUUCUAAAGUAAAACGUAUUCAUCGUCGAAUUUUAGUCUUUAAAAUACAAAUUUGGAAAUAUGAAUCUAAUUGUUAGUUAUUAAAUAGUAACUGUUAAUAUAGGUAUUAGUAAGUGCCUCUGGCAACAGGCAACCAGCUCCGACUCGCGCGCGCAAUGAGUUGCCUGUCGCCAGGGACACUAAGAAACAACCGAAUGGACCAACACGCGUAUGAUCGUCUAACAAUAAGGAUCGACAAGUGUUGGAAACCAUACGAAAUUAUCAAUCACAAUAUUUUUAUAACAAAUGAAAUAUUCUUUAUUUAAAUACUUUCUCACAAAAAAGUUCCAAUCUCUGGCAUAUUACAAUAUUUGUUCAUGUAAUUUCAGUGAUAUUUUAACAAUCGGUGAAAGUCACGAAUAUCCCUGAGAUCUCACAAAAUGUAUUGGUGUAAAAAAAAAAAGUUACAGGAAUCUAUGUGAAUAAUGUUAUAUGACGUUAAAUAAAUAACGUGGAAUAUGAAAAUCUUUGGUGCUUUGGAUGAUGAACGACUGCUUUAAUCUACUUCUUCGAUCGUUGGGCCCCCAGCGCC